AUGGCCUCAAAUUACCACUUCACAAUCCUCUAUUUCUUCACCCUUUUCUUCAAAUCUCUAACCGCAACCUCCAAUUCAUCCUUCUCGUUCAACAAUCUCGGUCAAAUUUCAACCUUUGACUCUGUUCUUGCACUGUACGGUGAUGCAAAGGCUGCACCAGACAGUUUGUCGUUACAACUCACUGCUUCCUUAAAUUCCAGUGUCGGUCGUGUGAUUUACAAAAACCCCAUCAAGUUUUAUGAAGGAAAACCUGAGAAAUUGGUGUCUUUUGCCACUUAUUUCUCGUUUUCGAUUAAUUCGGGUUCGGGUUUAGCUUUUGUUGUGUUUUCAGAUGGGGUUUUAAAUGGUGGGAAGUUUAAUAAGUUUUUGGGUGUUGAAUUUGAUGCAUUGAUGGAUGAUAUUGUGACUUUGAAAGUGACAAAUAUGUCUGAUGUUAAUCUGGGGUUGGAUAGUGGUUCCAGGUUGCAAGUUUGGAUCGAUUACGAAUCGAAUUCGAGACGGUUAGAGGUUAGGUUGAGUAAGUUAGGGGAAAACCGGCCGGUUAAUCCGGUGCGGUUUGAGCAUAUCGAUUUGCCGAAAAUCUAUCCGGGGAAUGAAGGGUUUGUAGUAGGAUUAAGUUCAUAUAACAGAAACUCUUCACAGGUGUGUAAUGUGUAUUCCUGGAGCUUUAAAACUCGGCGGGCGCCCGAUUGGAUGCAUUCGGAACCGUUGGAUCCGCUUUCGUUGAAAGAAAAGGGAAAUGAGGUUAAGGGUCAUAAAAAGAGUGAUUGUGUUAUGAGGAUUCUUUCUGCACUUAUACUUGGGAUCGGGUUGGGAGCGUUAGGAACGUUUGUCGGGAUGUUUGUGUGGACGAUAUUUGGCAAAAGGCAACCGAUUUCGCCUGAAGAUUAUGCUGUGAAGCCUGUGGUUGUUGUUGUUCAUGAUAAAGCUUCUUCAAAUGAGAAGCAAUAG